AGUUUGAACCACAUUGGCGUGGCCAAAGCGAUGCCGCCAGCAUAUACUCCUGCUCGAGGCAGUCAUGAAUUCAUCAGGCUGGUAGAGCGAACAACCAAUGCGUUGGUGACCAAAGAUGACGGAGCCCUGGAGGAGGUCAAGAAGGCCUUAAUCCAGGUGCAUCAGCAGUAUGACCAAGUUCAUGAGGAGUCAGAAGCCAAACAGGCACGACUGAAUCGCCUGCGAGAGGAGAUACGCACCGCAGACCAGCAAUACGUCAACAAAGGGGAUUGGAGCAAGAAGAUGGACGAGACCUGGAACGCACUGUCCUCACAGUUCAACGAGGUGAAGAAGCGAAAUCAGGACUCCUUGCAGAGCAAGAAAGUUUACCAGCACAUGCUGAAGCGCACCCAAAGAGAGCAGGCAAUCUUGAAGCAGAAGCUCUUCCAAAUGGAGGAACACUUGGAUCGGAAAAAGCGAGAACUCCAGCAGAAACGCACAGAAAGUGAACAAGCGAGGUGUGCAAGAGUCCAGAUUCAUCAGACCUUAGAGAACUACAGCGAAGAGGCAACCAGGGAGCGUGAUGUUUGCAAAUCGGCAUUGGAGGCCAUCAACGGAGAGUUUGAGAAGCGGAAGGAGGCAAACGGAAGGCGUGCAGACUUUGAAAGCUGGCGGCAUGAGGUGGCACUGGAUGCAGCCAACGAGGCCUUCAACACCUCUGCCGGCCGGCUCCGGAAGCUGUAUGCCAUUGAGAAGCUCUCGGGGAAUUUCUUGCAGAAGACGACCUUUGAACAGGUGGAGCGCUCACAAACCACUGAAGACAACUUUCAAAAGAUCCGCGACGUCACUGGUUUAGCGGAUGUGAUGGACAUUGUGCACAAGUUCUUGAACAGAGAUGUUGAACAGGAGCAGCUCAAGAAAUCUGUAAAAGAAGCAGAGUUGACCUUGGAGGCGCUCUUGCACAAGAACGAAAAGCUAAAGAAAGAAAUGGAAGGUCUUCCCGUGAACAGCACAGAUGACCCCAUGGCCUUGCACAAAGAGCUUGAGCAGGAAGAGCAGAAGCUGAACGAAGCUAUUGAAGAACAAGAGGCCUGCCGCGUGCGCUUGCAAAAGAUAACUAUACAGUCAGAGCACAUGAAGCGUUGGGCUGCCCGGAUGGGAGGGGUUCUCGCCAAGUUCGAAGAGCCAGCGAAGGUUGACAAGCCGGAGGACCUGCCGGUCUUUUUCAAGAAGCUCGAGGUUGGGGUAAGGAAGUUCAUCAAGAGAGUCUCUGACCAGAUCAAUGCUGGGAAAAUCAAUCGGAAGACCUUCAGAGAUUUCGAAAAGGUGGAGAAUGAGGAGCAGAAAAACCUCCUCAACAACCAUAGCUUUUUGAAAGACAACUGCAGAGCACAAGCGAGUGAUGCUCAAGCUGCUGGCCGUCCAACUUCAAGACAGGGGGAUGGCAAUGAGGACGACCCAGCAACAAACUUUGCAGAGGAUAGAGAAAAGCGGAAAAAUGAGGCGGAGGCCUGCUGCAACAUCGCACGAAGCAAAGAGUGCGAUGAGAACAGCGAGAGGAUGUCUCGAAAGGGUUUACUGGACUUGACAUUGGCAUUGUGCGCCAGGCAAGGGUGCGUGCGAGAAAGCGCGAUGGAAAUUGAGCGGAGCAUAGCGGCCACAUUCUGGGAAGUGGCAGGUCAGUCACGUGACGUGCUAUGGGUAUUUUUCUAUCAGCUUCAUUGAUUGCAGUGUUGUAUGCUUGGUGGAGUUCCUAUCAGAUCUGUGAACUGCAGAUUUAAAGUUUAUUGCUUCUCCCUGACGUAGUUUGCACGAAGGGUUUCACCUGACUCGGGCAGCACCUCAGCAGCCGGGAUGAA